UCCCCUGUUCAAAGUGAUGUUGCCAAGUGAAAAGCAAACACUGGAAAUGGAGCAGGGGCUGAGACAGGCAUGGUACUGCAGCUGGCUAAGAAAGGGACUGGAACUGCAUCAGAGGACAAAACAGAUCUAAGGCAAUGAAAAGGACUACAAUAUGAUUAGGGGCUGAGACGAGUACAAAGGCAAUGGAACGUUAUCAAAGGCCAAAAAAGAUCUGAGGCAAAGACAGGAACUGGAACUGGGAAUUGGAAUUGGAGUUGCUCUGUGCAUCGGAGACAAAACAAAUCUGAGACAUGAACAGGACUGGAAUUGGAUCUGUGGGUGAGAUUGGAUCUGGGGAUACAGGACUGGAACUAGCUGAGACUGGGACUAGAAAUACAUCAGACGUUAACCUACAUUACAAAUAGAGAUGUUGGAACUGAGACUGACUCAUGGAAAGGAGUGUAGAUCAGAGAUCAGAAGCAGGUUUUAAGACUAAACAUGUGGCUUACUUGACUAAAUCCUUGAGGCUUCCAGCCAGUUUACCGGCCAUGCCGUCAUCAUCGUCUCCUCUGGAGCUCAUCGCUCUGGCCGAGCACUCUCUCUCUAUUGCUCGUUCUCUCUCUUUCUCCCUCACUCCUGAGCCGCUCAGUCCGUACACCGAUGGCACGGUGCUCAGCCUUUCGUGGCACGCUGGAACAGCGCGUAGUACCUGCGAGCUCUACCGCAACGCCAUUGUGCUGAUCACCACUGGGGGCAGUGUGCUGAUCGGUGGCCUCGUCUUCACUGGUCUCUACUUUGCUGGAAUAUAUAAAACAUACGCCGCCAUCCUGGGCCCUGUCAUGCUCUCGUUCGGACUCAUGGUGCUUGUCAUUGGCAUAGUUCUGGUGCCCAUUACUCAGGAAAUGAGGCAAAACGCAUUUAAGAGAAUGUGCAGCUGGUAUGGAAGUCAAUACUCUGUGUAGGACAAGAAUAUAGGAUGUUCACGGGAAACUGUACAGCAUAUUCAAUUCAGUUCAAUUCACGAAGCAGCUUUACGGAAAUCUGGAUGUAGAAUAACACUCCUAAUGAACAAACCAGAGGAGACAGUGGUGAGGAAGAAACUGUGAGAGCAACCAGAACACCUCUUCUGGUUGACACCAGACAUUGGGAUUAUAAAUCAUUACCUUCCGCAGGUGUAGAAGAGUAAAGACAAACGGUACUGCAUGUGCUGAAAGGAUGUUCAGAUUUGACCUUAUUCAGAAUUGCUGACUUAAGUCUAAAAAUUACACUGAUAUUCACACUGCGUUCCUUGUAUUCAAAGUUAGGUUACAAAAAAUAUCAGGGCUAGAUAUUAAAUCCUCUAUUAAAUCCUCACUGCACACACUUAACUAUGAAUACGGCCCAUUGUGACUAAAUGUUCUGGCAUGAGCUCAGAGGACAGACUUUAUUAUUACCGCAGACACAGAGAUACACUGCUAGAAGUUCGUCCUACCUGACCGAACAACUGCACUGGAAAUAAUCACAAUAUCGUGUUCGUUCUGCGUGUAGGAGGACCACGUUUUCAUUGUAGUGCAGUAAAGUGCUGAGAGUGCCACACUAAUAGCUAUUCACAAGAACGGAAAGAGAAAUUUAAGCACAAUCAAAUAAAUGAUCAGUGCUCUGCAUGUCGAAAUCAAUACUCGGCCAUUCACAGAAACUGAUUUUGGCGUUCUAAGUGCUUCAGCUAUAGGAACUUUACUCGGAGCUCACACUAAACCGGAUGCAUCUGUCAGACCCAUGUACUGUAUAUGUAUUGCAUCACCUAUUGUUUAAAAAAAAUAAAUAAAAGUUUUAUAUAGCAUAAAAAUACCUCUUCUCAUUCUAUUCUUAGAGUU